AUGUCUGAGAUCACAUUCAUCAGAGUCAGAGGGGAAGAGGAGGUUGUUCAGUGGGAGUUGCUGUGGACUGUCAUCCUCCUUUUCACCUUCUGCCUGCUGCUGGUGUGGUUCUACUUCUGGUGGGAGGCACAUAAUGACUACCAUGAAUACAACUGGUUUCUCUACAACCGCUCUGGGGAGUGGAGUGAUGGCACGGUUCCUAUCUUGGCAACCACCGCUGCUGGCUUCACCUAUAUUGCAUUUUUAAUGGUUUUAGCACUUUGCCACAUUGCACUUGGGCAACAGUUAAAUUUGCACUGGCUCCAUAAGAUAGGUGUGACUGCUGCUCUGAUCACCACCGUUGCUGGGGUGAUCUCUGUCAGUCAAACAUGGGGCCAAGAGUGGGACAUCAUUCCUAUCUCCUUGCAGGCUACAGGUCCAUUCUUGCACAUAGGGGCUCUUGCUGCUGUAACAGCGCUGUCAUGGAUUGUGGCCGGACAGGUCGCCCGCUCAGAAAAAACAAUUUUCCAGGUGGUUGUCAUGCUGCUGUACCUCAGUGUGUUAUUGGGACUCUUUGUGCUGCCCCUCUGCAUCACAUCCCCCUGUAUCAUGGAACCAACCAACCUCAGACCCCGUCCGGAUGUUAUUGGUCACCAGGGAGCCCCCAUGUUUAACCUCAACUAUAUUGAAGAUACUGAUCCUCUCAGAAAAAUGAACAUCUAA